UCUGAAGUACGGCGUCGUGCUUUUCGCCCAUCUUCUGCAACCACGACGCCACAGAGCAUAGAGCACAGUGUGCAGAGAGAGGAGAGAGAGAGAGAGAGAGAAGACAUCAAACUCUGACUCCAAUUUGCAUAUCAUCUCGGGAUGGCUCCUCACAGACAUUUGCAGGCUUUCCUGAGGCCGAAGUUCUCUCUAUGAAAAAUAGAGGAGAUGCGAAGCAGAACAGCUUUCUCUUCUGCAGUAAUGGGCGGUGCUGACGAAGCCUAUUAUAGGGCUUUCUUCCUCACUCAUCAGUCUCUGCGUUUUCCUUUUGCCUGUUCACUGCUUCUACAUUUACAUUUCCAAACCGCAUUUAAUUGAGAAUGCAUUCAUACGUUUCGGCUGCAAUUUCAUAGCUUGCAGUACUCUCAUUAUUUCUUCUGUCCUGCAUUUGGUGUUGCAUUCAUUACCUAAACCCUAAUUUCCUUUCCACUCGUAUUUUCUUGGCUCUCUUGUUAGCCGGUUCGAUAAUUCGGUCUCACUCACAGGUAAAGAUUAUCCGAAGUCCUAUCAAUGGCUGCUCCAAAUACUUCCUCUGUUCCUUCUCUGCCGCUGCCUUGUCCUAAGUCGCCUCCCUUGUAUCCGGAUUUGUACGGGAAGCGUCGGGAGUUGUUGAAGGUUCAGAUGAUUGAAAGAGAGAUUGGUUUUCUGGAGGAGGAGUUAAAGUCUCUUGAAAGUCUUCAACCUGCCUCCAGACACUGCAAAGAGGUUGACGAAUUUGUAGGGGCUAAGUCGGACCCCUUAAUUCCUGUAGAUCGAAAGAUUCGUAGAUCCCAUUGCCUCUGGAAGUGGCUCUGUGGAAAGUCAUGCUUCAAUUUGUCGUGGAUUUGCUGCUCAAGUAGUUGCUCACUUCAUCUAGAAUCACCAAGCUGCUGUGCCUGUCGACCUUCUAUAAAGUUGCCACGUUGCCACUCUCUCCACUGCUGCCACUUGAAGAGAAUAUCUUGCAGUAGGUGUUGCUUUCUUCCUAAUCUUUCCUGCCCAGAUUGCUGCUCAUGCAGCAGAUGUACAUGUUCUUGCCCUAAAUGUACAAACUUAUGCUAUUGUCCUAACUGUACAAAAACCUGGUGUAACCCUUGUUGUCUAUGUUAUUAGGUAUACUUCUGCACUCAUUCCUAUGUUACUUCUUGAAGUUAGAAUUUUAUCCAAUGAGAUUACAGGAAGUGCUCUAGUUAACUAAAUCCAAUGUGUAAUUAUUUAAAUAAAUUGCAGGAGUAAAACUAUGAUAUGUUUCUAAUGAGAUAUUUUCUCCCCUUUC